AUGGCCGAGCUGCGCACCGAGCCUGAGCCGGAGGUGCCCGAGGUGAAGGAGGAGGUGCCCGCGGCUCCGCUUCCGCCCGCUUCGCCCGUCAAGAUCCUGGAGGGCGCCAAGGCCAAGGCGGCGGAGGUGGCAGAGCUGGCGGCCGGGAAGGUGCAGGCGGCCAAGGCACAGACCAGCGAGUCUGUGACCCUGGUGAUGACCAAGGCAGCGGAGAUGAGGGAGUCGGCGCACACAAAGGCGGAGGAGGCCACCGGAGCGGUGCAGCAGCGGUGGCAGCAGCUCAAGGCCCUACAAGUCCCUGCGGGAGGAGGGCCCGAAGGCGCGGGCGCCUGUGUGGUCGAAGCCUCUUGCUUGGGCUGGGGCUAG